CACCUUAUUGAUACACAGAUCUGUGAAUCUACGUAGAAGUUUGCGCAUCGGUACGCCCUGAGGCACAACCUGUGCUCUUUAGAGGUAGCUGUUUGUCAGCUAUCUGACGUGACUGCUCACUUUCUGUUUCGCAGACAGCGACAAGAUUGUGCCUGGUGCACUGCUCAUGCAGUGGAUGAUCAUGAAGAGCUCGAAGGAAGCCGUGCAGAACGCCGCUAAGGAGUUUCUCCACUUCGUCAACCGUGGAGUGUCGCCGUAUCACGUGGUGGAGGAGUGCAAGUCUCGCCUGCUCGGGGCUGGCUUUAAGGAGCUAAAGGAGUCUGAUCACUGGGACAUCAAGCCAGCCAGUAAGUACUUUGUGACCAGGAACUACUCCACCAUCGUCGCGUUCGCGGUGGGCGGCCUGUACCAGCCGGGUAAUGGCUUCACCAUGAUCGGAGCUCACACCGACAGCCCGUGUCUGAGGGUGAAGCCUCGCUCAAAGAAGACACGCCAGGGCUGUCUGCAGGUCGGGGUGGAAUGCUAUGGAGGGGGUAUCUGGAACACCUGGUUCGACCGGGACCUGACUAUUGCUGGUCGUGUCAUGGUCAAGAGCGGUGACCACCUGGUCCAGCGUCUGGUCCAUGUGUCCCGACCCAUUCUCAGGGUACCCCACCUGGCCAUUCACCUGCAGAGGGACAUCAAUGACUCCUUCGGCCCCAACAAGGAGAACCACCUUGUACCUAUCCUGGCCACAGCGGUUCAGGAGGAGUUGGAGACUGGCUGCUCUUCCUCUGGAGAUGCCUGCAAUGCCACCACCACAGCGGAGAAGCAUCACCCGGCUCUGAUCCAGACUCUGUGCACUGAGAUGGCGGUGAAGCCCGAGGAGCUGCUGGACUUUGAGCUGUGUUUGGCUGACACGCAGCCUGCUGUGCUGGGAGGAGUUUAUGAGGAGUUUAUCUUUUCACCUCGUCUGGACAACCUGCAUAGCUGCUACUGUGCCCUGCAGGGCUUGAUGCAGUCCUGCAGCUCAGCUGACUCUUUGGACAAAGAAUCUAACAUCCGCAUGGUGACGCUGUAUGACAAUGAGGAGGUGGGCUCGGAGAGUGCCCAGGGCGCCAUGUCGAACCUGACUGAGCUGAUCCUCCGUCGUCUGGCCUCUUCGCCCCAGAACCUCACCGCCUUCCAGGAGGCUGUGCCCAAAUCUUUCAUGAUCAGCGCAGACAUGGCCCAUGCACAGCACCCCAACUACCAAGAAAAACAUGAGGAGAACCACAGACCAGCCUUCCACAAGGGCCCGGUCAUCAAGUUCAACAGCAACCAGCGCUACGCCACCACCGCCGUGACGGCCUCCCUGCUGAGAGAGAUCGCCGCGCGGGUGGGCGUGCCUCUCCAGGACGUGAUGGUGAGGAACGACAGUCCGUGCGGGACCACGAUCGGACCCAUCCUGGCGGCCCGGCUCGGCAUGCCGGUUCUGGACCUGGGCUCGCCCCAGCUGGCCAUGCACUCCAUCCGGGAGAUGUGCUGCACCUCCGGGGUGCUGCAGACCACCUCGCUCUUCCAGGGUUUCUUCGAGCACUUCCCAGCCGUGCGGAGCUUGCUGACGGUGGACUAGUGGGCGGACGUUUGAAAACCUGGUGUGUCUGUCUCUGAUCACACAGCGCGGAUGCUGUCCUUUUUAAGAUCCCCUGACUGCGGUCGGCACUGUCAUUUUCCCCACCCCACCCCCGCUAAAACAGGGGGCUGGAGAGUUGGAAGGUUCAAGAAGUUUAAUGUGAUGGUAAAUAAAAGAACAAAA